AUGGGGGAAGUGGUGAGACGGCGGCCCAUCAUCGCCGGCAGGGAACGAGGACCCGGUCCCGGGCGCUACGCUCUUCCGCCCACUAUUGGUUACAUAAACCACGACUACACCAAACCCAGCAGUCCAGCCUAUUCCUUCCACAGCCGCAUGAGCAGCAACAUGGUGUCAGUGGAUUCCAGUCCAGGACCGCAGUACCAUGUAGAUGCCAAAAUUACACGCUUUGGCAAAGACGGUACGCCAUCGUACUCCAUGCUGGGAAGAAAGAAGAAGACAGCUGGAUCAUUCCAGACUCCUGGACCGGGAGCCUACAGUCCUGAGAAAGCUCCACCUUUGAACUUUCACCACAGACCUCCGUCUUACACCAUGGCCUUCCGGACGCGUUACCGCAGUGUGGAUCCCGUACCCGCGCCCAACCGCUACACCUUACCCAACCUCUUCGGCUCCCACGUCCCAAACAAAUCCUCCAGCGCCAGCUUCAGCAUGUCAGCGCGCAGGACAGCCGGCGGUCCGGCGGAGGACCUGUCCAUGACCCCGGGGCCCGGCCGCUACAACAGCACCGACCCCAGUGUUUACUUGAACAGACAGCCUUCUUUCUCCAUGCAAAGCCGUCACAAUAUUCCCAUCGAUGCCAUGCGGAAGCCUGGCCCAGGCACGCACAGCCCGGAGAAGGUGACGGCGCACCUGCCUCGCGCUCCGUCAUUCUCCCUGGGUGUCCGUCAUUCCGAGUUUGUGACGCCACUGAUUGUUGACGUAUUAGACUGAAUUCAUGCGAUGCUAAAAACAGGAUUUGGCUGUUUAGAUGUUGAGGAAGAAAAUUAAGUCGAGUAUCAGGAACAGUCACAGUUGGCGAUAAAACGGUGUCGUAUUAAUCAACGGUAUCGAUAGCGAUAGAAAAAAUGUUCGAUAUAGACCUUCUGUAGCUCCGCCCCUGUUCAGCGCUGCGUUUAUUGUGUGAAGAUAAGAUAUGAUUAUGAAUGAGCCGCUCAUUUGAAAAGACAUCUGCUUCAAACAUUACAAUGCUAUUCAUCAAGUUGCUGCUGUGAGGUUCGGUUGCGCCGUCGCCUUGUGACAUCAGAACACACACACACGUGAAAAUGAGGCGAUGAGGGGAUUAUGUAUAUUUAAGGACAUGGUUUAAUCUAACAGCCAAUCACACAGCAGAAAUAAACUCAACAACAGCCAGUCAUGUUCUGUGUCUCAGUGUGAUUGAGUGCCGUAGUUUCAUCUGCUACACAAACUCAAACAAGCGUGACGCUCACUGUGUUUCUCUGUAUAUGAAGAAAUGAGCCGCUUUGAUUUCACAAGCUUUUUACCAUUUCAUUUGAGAAAAACUGCCAUCAAAUACAUGCUGAAAAAACUGAGACUAAAAGAUCUUCACGACAAACCGUCAAAAUAAAAGUUCGGUUUAACUUGAAGAAAUAACGACAGAAAUAUAUUACAAUUGUGUACUAAAAUGUAAUUCUUAAAGUUAUGGUAAUAAUAUUAGUAUUUUUUUUAAAAAUACUUACAGUUGUGCA